GAGAUCUCCAAGAUCAUGUCGAGCUCCUACCUGCGAGGCCUCAACAUSGCCUCCUUCUUUGCGGCCAGUAAGAUCAUCGUCUUCAUCACCUUCACCGUCUAUGUCCUCCUGGGGAACACCAUCUCAUCCAGCCGGGUGUUUGUGGCCGUGUCUUUGUACAGUGCCGUCCGCCUCACCGUCACCCUCUUCUUCCCCUCGGCCGUAGAGAAACUGGCUGAGACGCGCAUCAGCGUCCGCAGGAUCAAGACUUUUCUCCUGUUGGAUGAGAUUGUGAAAAGCGAACAUGGAUUCCUCCAGGRGGAGAAGCAAGAGCCCAAUGUGGAGAUCCAGGACCUGAUUUGCUACUGGGACACGAGUCAGGACGCCCCGUCUCUCCAGAACCUGUCACUCACAGUAAAGUCAGAGCAGCUUGUCGCUGUCAUUGGACCUGUGGGGGCUGGAAAGGUCAGAGGUCAUGUUUCUUGAUGUGCCAGCCUAUUACAUCACUGUAUG